AAAUCACAGUGUGCCGACAGGAAGCCUCGUUCCCAGGUUUAUCUGUGUUAAGAGAUCUUGCGGCUUGACUGUCUCUUUCAUUCUUGUCUUGUCAAACCCAUCCAGUGAAACGGUUUCGCUCGGAUACCUUUUUUUCUUGUCGCCCGGGAUUCUAUCCAAACUUGAGCUCCCAUACCAUGAGCCGAUGCUGGAUGGUACAACGUCUUUGGAAGACUGUUGUUGGCAUCAUUCUUCUGGAGGAGGACGAGCAAUCCAUCGGGAUGAAGAGUGCGCUAACUACCAUUUCAUUUCUCAUCUUGUUACUGCUGCCCCAGGUGGCAGCUAACUUUGGUGGUGAUGGACCUCGCAUUGACUUUGGGACCCUUGGAGGUGCAAAAUUGUCCAUUCCAGAUGUAUUUGGUGUUUGCAAACUCCUACAAUCACUCUGUCUCCAAACGCCCACGUCUGCUGCUGCUUCUGCUGCCAACACGAUGGCACCCACUCCGGCUCCCACGUGGCCCUUUGAUCCUGCCGAAAAGUGGUUGGGAGAUUACGGAUGUCGAACGGAAGUGUCGGCAUUGAAACGAAUGGAAUUGCUCGCAUUGGCCAGUCUCUUUUUUGCCAUGCAACAACGACUUGGAAGAGGCAUCUUGUGGGAACAAAUGGGAUGGAUGCAAAAUUGUUAUCCGUGUACAUGGAGAGGGAUUUCUUGCAAGGAUGAUGAUGUAACGGAGAACAAUAGUACAACGGCUAGCAGCAGUCAAUCAGUAGUGGGGUUGUCAUUGGGAUCCUUGGGAUUGCAGGGGACGAUCCAUCCAUUUUUGGGGCUGCUGAAAAGCAUUGAACAUCUUGAUGUAUCAAACAACAUGCUGCAAGGAACCAUACCGACGCAGUUGGCCUAUCUUGUUGACCUUGAUGUCCUUCGCUUGAACAACAAUAAAUUGGCAGGAUCGGUGCCGUCCUCCCUCUGUAACUUGCAGCAGCCGCCAUCGAGACUCGAAGUUGAUUGCUGGGGUAGCAACCCUGCGGUAGUUUGUGAUUGCUGCACAUUUUGUGCUGGUUUUCCCACAGUGCAGCCUACCCCAACUCCGACACAGCAACCAUCCGAUUGGCCCAGUCUAGUUCCCACGGAACUGCAAGAACCAUCCGAUAUCCCCAGCAUGGUCCCUACUGAACGGAUCAGCACAGAGACAACAACCUUGGACAUGGAUUUCUUCUUGCAAGCAGAAGAAGCUACAAGAAUACCAAUCACGUCGGCCCCGACACCGCAUCCAACACGGAGAACGCAACAACCAGGAACUGUACCUUCACCCGCACCUACGUAUGAAGGCGAUCCAGCCGCGGAAUGGCUCGAGCACCUAUCAUCUUGCGGAGGAGAUGAUGUUGGCAUUUCGGAACAAAUCCAACUGUUGUCCCUAUCUAAUUUCUACUUUGCCUCCAAGAAUACGUUGUCAGAAGGCCCACUGCAGGAACUGGGAUGGCUUCAAGGCUGUGAUCCGUGUGCUUGGGGUAGAGUAUAUUGCCACGAGAACAAGCUUGUGGGGUUGGAUUUGUCAUCCCUUGGACUGGAAGGUCAAAUUCACCCAUACAUUGGCUUGCUCACUGAUCUCAUCACUCUGGACUUGCAUGAUAAUUACUUGACUGGUGAAGUGCCCAAGGGGUUGCAGUAUCUACUACAAGCAGAUGCAAUCCUCCUUCAUCACAACUGGCUUUGGGGCACCAUUCCAAGUUCCAUCUGUGAUAUGCACUUGCACGUACUAACAGCUGAUUGUGGGGAAAGCGCCAGAGUUGACUGCCCCAAGGGCUGCUGCCAUUGGUGCGGAUGAAUGAAUCAAAUCUCCCCUCACGAGGCGGUCCGGUACAAUCAGCCAACUGCCUGACAUGACCAGGCACUGACAUGAGCUCGAAGGUCAACAGAACACCCGUCAUGAGGUCAAUGAGACAGCGUCAAUGAUUUGUUGGCUUCAAAUCUGAUUUCGCAGGAUUCACGGACGAAGGCAAGGAGCUUUUUGUCACAAAACGUAAUUCAUAACAACUCCUUCAUAAACCACUUC